AUGUCAACCCCAACCGUCCUUUCUCGGGCAACAGGUACUUGCAGCACAGAUGAGCCCGAAUGCAUUGGCCAAGUACAAAAGCUUCUGUUUAACGUAGCAUUGCCUCUAAUAGCUGUGGCAGUUUCUUGCCACAAAACCUCGGGAUUGACGUAUAGAUUGAAGUCAUUUCUGAAUGAGAAGUCACCAUCCAAAGGGGCAGGCUUCUACUGUGAAGCUGUUUUAGGGUUUGUGCUAAUGCUCUUCGUUCCUUUAGUUUCACUGGGGGCAAUUGGUUAUAUAGAAACUUGGUCAGUCAAGUUUGGGAUCCCAGCUAUAUUCAUCGUGGUAUCACUUAUUCUCUUCCUGAUUAAUUCAGGUUCAUACCAACCUCAAACUAGAGCAGAAUGGAGCCUGCUUGGUGCCACUGUUUUUAGGAAAAAAGAUUCCAGAAGCAUCCUAUCAUUGAUACCCGUAUCCAUUAGCUUUAUCUUACUAGGUGUUGUAUCUUCUCUUGGAAACACUUUCUUCAUCGAACAAGCCGUAGACAUGGAUCACUAUGUCGGAAGCUUGUGGGUUCCGAUAAUUAUCCUUCCAGUUUUCCAACAUUCUUACAAGAAGAAAAGAGCAAUAAGUUUUGGUCUCAAUCCAAACUUGGGGAUUGCAUUCUCGAUGGUAUUUGCAAUUGUGAGCUGCAUCACAGCUGCAAGAAUGGAGACGAGGAGGUUAGGCGUGAUCACAAGCCAGGACGAACAUGAGGAAACCAUUCCCAUGACCAUGUUUUGGUUGCUUCCACAGUUUCUUCUCCUCGGGUUGUCUGAAGCGAUUUCAGAUAAAAGCAUUGCAGAUUUCUUCUGUAAUGAGUUGGUCCUCGAACCUAAUGAUGUCGAGGCAACAAGAGAAUCAAAUCGUAAGUACAUGGAGUUCUUAGCUCAGGCUCUUAGUGGAGUGGGAAUUAUAUUCGGUUUGUUAUUGGUAUAUAUAGUAAGGGACGUAACUGCUGCAAAUGGAGGGACGAGUUGGUUCGGCAACACUGUAAACACGAGUCGUUUGGACAAGUACUACUGGACCUUGGCUGCAUUUAGUGCUGCUAAUCUGGUGUUAUUUGGUGUUGUGAUCUCUUCACAUCGGCUUUGCACUAAAUCAAGGUCAGUGGACGAUGAGCAACCUUAUUACAGUACUAUUGUCCCACUGAUAGCAUAA